UAUGUUUAUCGUAGUACCAUGGCUCCUUGUGCUUUUGCCUUAAAACUCCUGCCGUUGGUGAGAGGACGGAUGUGCAGCAGAGCGUCUUGUCCCGCGCGCUCAGCUGUCCGUGCGGUCUCGUGCGCUGCAGCUCGUUCUCAGCUGCACAAGGUGGAGGCGACCGGUGCUCUGACAGGUAAAGUGGACCGAUUCGGUGGAGUGACAGUCAACCUGGCUGAGGUCGGUUUACCGGAGGACAUCAGCGAAAGCUCGUUUAGCAGAUUGCUGCAAGCCUCUUUGGCCCGGUGGAAAGCAGAGGGCAAAGUGGCAGUGUGGCUCCGGGUGCCCAUCUCACUGAGCCGAUGUGCCGCCGCCGCCUCCACUCACGGCUUCAGCUUCCAUCACGCCAAACCUGACCACGCUGUGCUGGCGCUGUGGUUGGGAGAGGGUGAGAGCAGACUGCCGGGGUUUGCAACCCACCAAAUUGGAGUGGCAGGUGCAGCUGUUGAUGAAUCCAAUGGAAAGGUUCUUGUGGUCCAAGACAAAAACAAGACAAAGAAUGCUUGGAAAUUCCCCGGCGGUUUGUCCGACCCAGGAGAAAAUAUCGGUGUCACUGCCGUUCGAGAGGUCUUCGAGGAAACUGGCGUUCACUCUGAGUUCAGAUCUCUGCUCAGCAUUCGGCAGCAGCACAACCACCCGGGCGCCUUCGGCAUGUCGGACAUGUACAUCAUCUGCCGACUCAGCCCUCUCACCUACGACAUCAACUUCUGCACUCAGGAGUGUCUGCGCUGCGAGUGGCUGGACCUCGCCGAGCUGGCAAAGACCAGCCACACUACGCCCAUCACCUCUCGUGUAGCCCGGCUCCUCCUUCACGGCCUGGAGCAAGGCUUCGACAAGAUCGACCUCACUAUGGAGGAGCUGCCUGCGGUCUACUCUGGGCUGUUUUACCAGCUGUACCACAGGCAGCUUCCUCCGACACUGAAGUCCUAGCAGGCCAUCAUCGACCUGAUGGGGUUAGCAUGUCAUAGGUUGCCGUGGUGACAUACCGUCAUCAGUAUUUCUUAUAUUUAAAGUGUAUUUAUGACUGGAUUUGUGUUUGCAGUGUGUUUUUUAACACCAACUGUGACUGUUGAAGAAAUAUGGUGCAAUAGGUCUAAACAGGGUUCCCACACUCUCAUUGACAAAAUUUCAAAACUUUUCAAUCACUUUUCAAGGACACAUAAUGAAAACAAUUUCUUGCACUACUUGCCCAGCAAAUAUAUCAGAUUCAUACUAAAAAAUGUGAUGGUAAACAAAACUUUAUAACACGCUGACACGUAUUAAAACUACAGUACGCUGACAGCUUCAGAAAAUGAAUUUGCCGUUAUUUUACAUAAAAUAAAAACUUAUCCCCUGAAAAUUACUUUAAC